GCCAGUCGACGCCGGGCGUCCCAAGCGCGCGCUUGUUCGGGAGCGCUCGCCGUUUCGUACUCCGAUACGUGAAGCUUUUCCAAGUCGCGGUUGUAUGUCAGGUGUGUUUCAUCCCUAAACGUGGACAGCAUAUCCUACAGAAUCGAAGGGAGUUUCUUGCGAGCUUUUCGAAAGUGAGAGCACUUUUCGCGACGUUUUACUAGUUUUUUUUUUUUUUAUCGGGGACACGUUGACGUUUAGGAUGCACUGGACGGACAUAAUUUUUUACAAAAUCCUGACAUAAGCUCCACGUGAAUGAGAGAUCGCGUAGGUGAGGGCAGCGAGUAGUGCUGCAAAAAACACUCGUUCCCGAGGGAGUCGGAGCGAAGGAGAAGAGUGUCUUUGAGAUAGUUGCGAGUGGGUCGAGAGAGACUUUAUUGGGGUGAACCGAUAGAUAUGCGAAUGCGGAUCUUACAUUCGUGACAUAGGAUUUGUUUAUCGGAUAUCGGUGAUGCAGCUACAUGCUGGAAGGAGGAAAGGGAUGACCGUUAAUUUUCUAUCGAGGAUGGUGGCGGUCUUUGUUUUCGCUUGUCUUCUACUGCAGAAUGGCAGGUCAACAUUCGCAGCCUACACCACUGUUACCACCAUCCCUGAUCCUGAAUUCGUCGAUGAAAUAGGAAAUAUUACGGUACCGGCAGGACGAAAUGUUAAACUGGCUUGCAGUGUGAAAGAUCUCGGAUCGUUUAAGGUGGCCUGGAUGCUUUUCGACAAGAGCGCUAUCCUGACGGUACAGAAUCACGUUAUUACCAGGAACCCCAGAAUAUCCGUGUCGCACGAUAAGCACAGGACCUGGUUCCUACAUAUCAACGACGUGCACGAGGAGGAAGGAAAGUACAUGUGCCAGAUUAACACCGCCGCCGCCAAAACGCAAUAUGGCUAUCUACACGUUGUAGUGCCACCGAACAUCGACGAUUCGCAAAGUUCGUCGGACGCGAUCGUUCGCGAAGGUGCCAAUGUGACCCUCACCUGCAAAGCGACCGGAAGUCCGACGCCCAGUAUCCGCUGGAAACGGGACGACGGUUCCAAGAUAUCGAUCAACAAAACUUUAUCCGUGGCCGAGUGGGAAGGCGAAACGCUGGAAAUGGCGAGGAUUUCGCGACUGGACAUGGGCGCGUAUUUGUGCAUCGCCAGCAACGGCAUACCGCCUACGGUCAGCAAGCAGAUCAAAGUGUCGGUCGACUUCCCCCCUAUGCUAUGGAUACCGCAUCAAUUGGUCGGGGCGCCCUUGGGCUACUCCGUUAUGUUGGAAUGCUAUACAGAGGCUCAUCCGACUUCUUUGAAUUACUGGGCGAGAGAGGACGGUCUAAUGAUUCACGAGAGCACUAAAUACAAGGCUACGUCGACGCCCGACAAGCCUCCCUACAAGACGCACAUGACUCUCACGAUAUCCAACAUACAGAAAGAGGACUACGGUAGCUACAAGUGCAUCGCCAAGAACCCACGUGGAGAAACCGACGGAACGAUUCGUCUGUACAUGUCCGCACCGCCUAGCACCAGUCCUAGUCCGUCUACCACGGAGAUCGCCAAGAAAGAUUGGGAUUUCAUAGCGGAGAUGAAUAACUCUGUUUACGGAAAUCCGAGUUCGCUGACGAUUCAUAAUGAGAAGAAUAUCAAGACAGGUACCAAGUUCCAGUCGAACCUUAACGAAAUCGGAAGAUCGGAGCAAAAGUCGACCGAGCUGGAUAGGAAAAGAAAUUACAACUGGCCUCCUGAUAAGGAUUCAGCAAUGGGCAUGACGACGACCGUGACGCUACUACUAAUUACUCUGGCCGUAACGAUAAUUCGAUAAACAAAACCCAAGUUCUCGUCGUUUAUACGCGAUUGGUGUUGAUUAUCUCCCUAAUUAAAGGACUUGGUUAAAAAAAAAAUUAGAAUUUAAACGAUACAUGAAGGACCGACACCCAACAUACACACACACACACACACACACGUAAUUACACACGAGUGACACAAAGACUGACCGAGGUAGUUAACGUCCGUAUUAAAUGACGGAGAAUAAAUUACGCGCGUGCCAAGUUAGUGUAGCGACAAAGUUCAAGAGUGGCCAAGAAUUGAAGGAGCACGAAUCCCAACACCGAUCCCCCUCAUUAUAAGAUUGCCUGUGUGCGUAUGUGUAUGUGUGUGUGUUUCUUUUAUGUAUGUAUGUGUGUAAAUGGACUCAGACGAUAUACGAUGGCGAUUGGCGGAGAACAACGAGAACGAAGAAGGGAUGAUAUUAAAAAAGUGCAACGACUAUCGCUUUCAGUGUGUAAUAUAUUGUAAUAACGCCGUAAUCGAUGACACCACAAAAACACAACCAAAUACCAGGUCUGAUCCCGUCUCUGCGAGUGCGAUUUGGUAAACGCGUGAGAAAAUGAAUCGUUAUAUAUUUUUUAACUGCAUCGUGGGAGAAUUUUAGUCGCGCGGUAAAAAAAAAGGAAAAAAGAAAUCUCAAUAUUUCGGAAUAUCAAAACGAAACCACUCGAGCUUAAAUAUCGGAUUAAAGUUUACUGACUGAGAACGAGAGAGCCCCACAUUCCCGCCGACCGGGGAUUUUCGACUAUUUUUAAAUUUAUACUCCUUCGAAAAAAAAAAAAAAACAUAUAUAUAUAUAUAUAAUAUAGUUUCUUCUCUUAAUAAAAAUUGUCAAACUUAUCGACAACGUAUAGAAGAUGUUCCAAGAUCAUUCGUCGUAAUGACGCGCGUAUUUGAGAGUAGAACAAUCGCGCUUCGAGUUUAUUUUCUAUCAAGUUCUGUCCGAACUCUCUCGGUUUCGUCCGCGAUGUAUUCCUUAAGCAUCGGCAACUUGUUGUCUUUUUUUUUUUCGGAUACUAAAACGUGAGAGAAAUAUGGCAUUGCGCGAGCGCGUAUUAUCUCCGGCAUCGAUUCUCUCCGCUUCUUCUCUCCGCGGACACACCCUUUCUGUUCUGCCAAGAGUUACAUUCCGAAUUCUCUCCGACUCCUCGUCGUUCGAGCCCCCUCGCAUCCUUACGUAGGAAAUCAUGGAUCCCAUCUGGAUACUUGAGAUUAAAACGUCAGAUUCGAUGCGGAGGAGUUGCUCUCGCUUAAGGAGGCGGUCGAAGGAAGCUCGAGGGGUCGAGACGGAGAGGAGAAAAAAGAAAAUGGAAAAUUUGCGGCGGAGGAAGUGGAACGGAAUGGAGAUACGCUGUAACGAGGGAAUCGAGUCAUUGCUUUCAUGCCAUUUUUUUUUUUUUUUUUUUUUUUUUUUCGAGUGAAUUCGAUGAUUAUGCAAACGAGUCUCUUUUUCGUUUUGAAACAAAUGAUUAUACGUACUGAAAAAAAAUUUAUCGAAUUCGAAUAAGUAUUUAUUUCAAUACUGCCAAAUAAAUCAUUUAUUUGAAACUAAUCAUAUUGAUUCGAAUAAAUGAUUGAUUAGACAGUGUUUUGAAAUAAAUAUUUAUUAAUUUAAUAAUUUUGUUCGGUGUAUAGAUCUUUCUUCUGUCAAAACUCGUACUUGAUAAAAGAGAUUCGUGUUGAAACCUUUUCUAAUUAAUUUAUGGACAGAAUUAACGAACGGAUGAAAAAAAUCUCUAUUUCUCGUUAUCAAAAUUCAAAUAUGACACAGAUGUAGAUUGAUUUUGUUUGUUAAUUGAAGGUUAUAUGAAAUAGGUUUCGACACAUUUUAUGGUACGUGGCGCGCUAUCGAAGAAAAAAUAAUAGACAUGCAAAGAGGCCAGUUUUAUUAUUACGAUUUGCAUUUCUCGUUUCUGACGUCAUAAUCCCAGUUAAGUGCAGCGAAUGAUCUCGGGCACGAAAGCAUUGAAAGCUUAUCUUUUAUUACCUGUCUUUUAUUGUAUUUGCUAUUUUUACGCUUACGCAAAGAAAUGCUCUUCUAAGAAUCGAUCUGUCCUUCUAAAACGUACGUAAUGAAAAAAAGCAAAAAGGGUAUAAUGCGCAUUUCAUAUAUUCGCGCACGUUCACGCGGGAGCAUUUUCUAGUUAGGAAAUCUGUCUGCGAGAUUGGAGGAGAAAAAUCUCGGGGAGGAGAUAAAGAUAAAUUAGAAAGUUGCUCCGGAAAGCGCGAUCGAAUCCCGUUUCAUCGCGCCGUUUACGUCGCGCGAUCAAUUUGUUUACGCGUUAAUUGAUCAAAUUGGGAUUUGUUCCGUAGACGGUCUCGCGCGCGAGAGCGGCUGCCACGUCGGUUUUAAGCGGGCUUCGAACUACUUAGGAAUAUCCAUUAUUCAGCGUACAUCUUGUUUAAAGCAACAGGUUCGAGAGAGUCCCUGCACUCUGCUCGCGCAAAGGAGUUAAUGCCCGCUACGGAUUAAAGAAGGGAAACGGGGCUCGACUUAGGGAUUACGUAGGACUUACCCUGAUGAGGUCUGUAAUCGUGUCAUUCGCGAGACUACCUCUCGGUCUUGUAACCUUUUAAGAGUCAUAAGCAUGGGGAGAUCGCGCUCGCAGUUUUCGCGUUUCGCGGUGCAAUUUCUGCGAAUCUUAUCGCGAAUGACUCCGAGUCCUCGAAUCUGCUCAAACGCAAACUGACGAUUGUCUCCCCGGACUAUUUCGAAACGAAAUGUUUGCGCGCGUUUACGCGCCAACGAUUAACCGGCGUUAAAAGGUAUUCUUCGUAUGUGCAUUAUAUAAACGGUUUGAAUCAGGUGACGAGAAAAUUAUAUGGAGAUCUAGGGAAGAGUUUUAGAAGAAACAAAAAUGAUGGCAGAAAUGUUUCAUAGCCUAGAUUGUGCAUAACAUUAAUAUUUAAAUGCAUUUUUUAUAUUUAGAUAUGUGUGUAAAAAUGUUACUUGUUAUCUUCUUUCAGGUAGAUUCGUUUAGUUCAACCUCUUCAUGAUUUUUACGUCAUUUGGCGAGGAAAAUAUAUACGCAAGUACUUUGCAAUCCUUUUGUAAAAGAUAUAAUUGUACUCGAUUUAGUGGCGCAGCGUGAUGUCAUUUAUUUCGAUGGAUUUUGAUAGGCACGGCCGAUUAGAGAUGAUUUUUUUUUUUUUAAUUCUGUUUUAAUAAGUUAAUCAUAGAGCUGCAAUACACAGGCACAUAUACAUACAUAUUCGCGGGUCACUAAACGCUAUACGUUUUUUAAUCCCGCGCGAGACAUAUAAAGAGACAGAGUUUAAUAUUUCGCAAAUAGUUUCGUCUCUCUAAAAAAAACAUCAAAUUCAUGAUUAAGCAGCAAAAUAAAAAUAAGUCGGUCGUGCCUAAAAAAAAAAAGACUCGACAGACAUCGAAUCUAUCGAGAAUCGAUCUCUGCUCGCUCUUAACCCACAUAGAGCUCGCAUAGCACAUAUAUAUAUGUAUGUACGUGUGUAUGUAUACGCGUGUAUGCGAUUGUAAUGUGCACGUUGUAAAGCAACAGUGAUUUCUUGCGUGCGUAACAUGCGUAAUGCCAUUUUCCGUUAGCAAGUUCCGUCGUACAGAAGACGCGAGGUAGUUCCUUUCCGAUUCCGAAUCUUGAUUGAACCUUGAAAAUCUUCCGCGCUAUCGGAAAAUUCGCGAAAUUCGCAAAAUCACCGGCACUCAUCAUCGAACUAAAAAAGGAUGGGAGAAUUUUAAUGAUAAAAUAAUUUUCAAAAAUAUUUUCAAAACAUAUAUUAAUUAUAAAAUAAUUUUCGAAAAUACCUGAAAACAAAUGUCUACAGACUUAUCGUUAAAUUCGCGAUCAGCUGACGGAAAAUGGCGCGACGCGAAAUAUUCGAAUUAUCGGUCUAAGGGUGCUCGAAAAAAAAAAAAAAAAAAAAAAAAAAAAAAAAAAAAAAA